AUGUCUGAUUGGGACGGUGAUUCUGAUGAAGUGUCUGUUCCUAUUGCAUUUCCAGUAAAAAAAAAAUGGGCAAAUGAAGAUAUCGAUGAAGAUCAAAUCAAGGAUUCUUGGGAUAUAGCUUCAUCUGAAGAUGAAGAUAAGACAAAGCCACCAAAAGAGGAGACACCUAAAAAAAAAAAGAUUACUAUCACACAAAAAAUUGCAGAGAAAGAACUGAAAAGAAAGCAGGCAGCAGAGGAAAGGGAAAAAAGGAAACAAAAUUAUAGUGAAGAAGAUAGUGAAGAAGAUAGUGAAUUAGAUUUUUUAGAGAAGAAAAAAAGGGACGCUAAAGCAGUCAUUGAGGCUGACCUCGAAAAUGCAGAGGGAAUGUUUAAAGGUGUCACAAUUAGAGAAACGGAAGGUUCACCGUUAGAUAGAAUAAAUCCCAAAACUAAAGAAGAGUUUGAUGAAUUUUCUAAUCUUUUGGUUGAACGUAUUAGAAAACAUGAGAAACAAGGUCUAUACGUAAAUUUCAUUAAUGGAUUCGUCCGUGAAUUAUGUUCUUCACUUAAGGACGUUGAUAUUCGUAAAGUUUCUAGCACAUUGGCAACAGUGGCAAAUGAAAAAGCAAAAGCUUCGAAGGAGGCUCAAAAGUCGAAGAAAAAAAAACCCAAACCGUCGCUUCAGGCAGGUAAAGAAGACAUCCUUGAUACGGUAGAUUACGGAAAUUAUGAUGAUGAUUAUGACGAUUUUAUGUAA